UGCAAAGUUCCAACUGCAGAGGCUUUAUUUCCUCCCCUGGUAAAUUAGUUAUCUGACUGCUGGGCUAGAGUGUGAAAUUAACCUAAGAAACUCUACUUUCAGAACCAUCAUGGACCCAAUGGAAAUGAGCACUGGAGGCAUGAGGCAAAGAAGAUCCCAGGAGCAGGCCAGGGGAGAAGAGGAAACACAAAUACUCAAUGGAGAAGCUGAAAACCUGGAGAAAAUAACUGCCCACAUCCAAUGGAAGAGACACCUGGAGGUAUUGAAGGUGAAGGUACUAGACCAGGUACACAAUCAGCUGAGUGAUCUCUUAGACAAGACCUUGGAAGAAGCAGCUCAUUCCAGACCCCAGCAACUGAGCGUGGUCCCAGCAAAGAAGCAAAGCAGAGAGAAGGGUCAGCUACUGAAGAAGAAAAUCUUUGUCCCUCAACGGUCCUUGUUUGACACGUUACUGGAGGUGGAACAUUUCCGCACAAUCCAUCACAUUUUUGUGGCCGUGCUCUGUAUCUUUGUCCUCAAACAAAUCAUUGUGGAUUCCAUCGAGGAAGGACGUUUUGUUUUGGAUUUCGAGAUCUUUAUCGCUGGCUUUCGACAGCUGCCCACAGCACUCUUUGCCUGUCUCUGCAUGUUCCUCUACACCUUAUUUGUGCCCUACCAGGCCCUGCAAAUAUGGUCAGGCUGCUUGAAGAUGACUAGGUUCCCCAAUCUCUUGACGGUUACCUUGGUGGUGGUGCUGCUGCUCUGCCACGCUGCAGUGCUGGGCUUCUUCCCCAUCUAUAUUGUUGUCUACUCUAAUUUGGGAAUUGGCUCCCGAAAAAUUGUCCUCUAUGAGCAGAUCCGGUUCCUGAUGAAAAGCUAUUCAUUUCUGAGAGAAUCGAUGCCUCCUCUUCUCCAUGCCACGGACCAAGUUGGGAAGAUAAGCCCUCCUGAACUCUCAACCUACUUAUAUUUUCUCUUCUGCCCUACUUUGAUCUACAGAAAGAGCUAUCCAAGAGAUCUAUACAUCCGCUGGAGUUACAUCAUCCAAAAACUGGUUGAGUUCCUGGCGUGUAUAUACUUUGUGAAUUUCCUUAUGAAAUACUAUUUCAUCCCUAACUUCAGCAACAUGCAUAAACAACCCUUCACCAUCAAAAUCCAGCUGCUCUCCAUCUUUGAUUCAGCAAUGCCCAUGAUAUCCAUUUUAUUCGUGGUCUUCUAUUUCUUCAUGGACUGCUGGCAAAACAUAUUUGCUGAGAUCCUGCGCUUUGCAGACCGUUCUUUCUACAAGGACUGGUGGAAUUCCACAGCAUUCUCAACAUUCUUUCGGUCAUGGAAUGUGAUUGUACACGAUUGGUUGUACUACUAUAUUUAUCAAGAUUUUCUGUGGCUGAUUGGAGAAAGAGCCCGAGCUGGAGCUAUGCUCAUUGUCUUCCUUUUGUCAGCCAUUUCCCAUGAAUAUAUACUCACCUUCUCUUUUGGCUUCUUCUAUCCUGUCUUCUUUGUGCUGUUUGCUGGGACUGGAGUGUUCUUCAACUUCGUUUUCAAUGAUAAGAGAAAAGGCCCUGUCUGGAACACCAUCAUAUGGAUAUGCCUCCCUUUGGGCCUAGGGAUCUUUUUAUCCUUAUACUGCCAAGAAUGGUUUGCACAUGUCCACUGUCCACUCAAGGAGAAGACCUUCUGGGAGCUAGUGACUCCACGUUCCUGGUAUUGCCACCCAUAAGCAACUAUUUCCAGCCUACCUUCUACUUCUCUUCAAAAAUGACCUCUCACAAGGAUACCUCAUUACUGUGCUGCUGAGACAACAAGGACUCUCAGCACAUCAUGCGUCUCCUCCACUCCCUCCACGGAAAGCUGUAUUUGGAAAUUCCUUACCCGAGGGUGCUAAAAUUUGGCUUGUAGGUUCAAAGGCUCUCAUCUAGUUGAGACUACAAAGAUCCCUGUGUGGAGUGCUGUGUGCAGUGGCCACUGAGAUCCUAUAGAUGGUGCUAGAUGCUAGUAGCAAACUGCAGUGUUUAAAACCUAUAUCAGGCUUCUUGGUUACUUGCAUGAUCUCAUUCCCUAUAUCUUGGUGAAGGUGGAAAAUCCCAGACUUUCCAGACAUAUAGGUGAUCUCAUUUACUAACAUCACCACUAGUCUUAAGGAUUGGUUGGGAGGUUGUACCAAUGUGGUUGGGAGGUUUCACUCAUGCAGUAUCUAUUCUCCAAUCCAAAUACUGUAUCUAUGUUACUCUUCCUUGCUUGUAAAAAUGGUAUA